AUGGUGUUCGCGUUUUGGAAGGUCUUUCUGAUCCUAAACUGCCUUGCAGGUCAAGUUACUGCUGUGCAAGUGACCAUCCCAGACAGUUUCGUGAACGUGACUGUUGGAUCUGAUGUCACUCUCAUCUGCACCUAUACCACCACUGUGGCCUCUCGGGACAAGCUUUCCAUCCAGUGGUCAUUCUUCCACAAGAAGCAGUUACAGCCAGUUUCCCACAGCCCGUGCCUCAGUACUGAGGGUAUGGAGGAAAAGGCAGUCAGUCAGUGUCUAAAAAUGGCGCAUGCAAGAGACGCUCGGGGAAGAUGUAGCUGGACCUCUCAGAUUUACUAUUCUGAAGGUGGACAAGCUGCAGCCAUUGGGCAAUUUAAAGGUCGAAUUGUAGGGUCCAACGAACCAGGCAACGCAUCUAUCACUAUUUCGCAUAUGCAACCAGCAGAUAGUGGCAUCUACAUCUGUGAUGUUAACAACCCCCCUGACUUUGUCGGCACAAAUCAAGGCAUCCUCAACGUCAGCGUGUUAGUCAAACCUUCUAAGCCCUUUUGCAGCAUCCAGGGAAUACCAGAAACUGGCCAUCCUAUAUCUCUUUCUUGUCUCUCCGUGCUUGGAACGCCUUCCCCUGUGUACUACUGGUAUAGACUUGAAGGAAGAGACAUCGUCCCAGUGAAAGAAAGCUUCAACCCAGCCACUGGAAUUUUAGUCAUUGGAAAUCUGACCAAUUUUGAACAAGGUUAUUACCAGUGCACCGCUAUCAACAUCCUUGGCAAUAGUUCCUGUGAAAUUGAUCUAACUUCUUCACAUCCAGAAGUUGGAAUCAUUGUUGGGGCCUUGGUGGGUACCCUUGUAGGUGCUGCCAUUAUCACCUCUAUUGUGUGCUUCACAAGGAGCAAGGCAAAGGCAAAGGGAAAGGGGAAGGAGAGGAAGAGAAAUUCUAAAACCAACCCAGAACUUGAACCAAUGAGAAUGAUAAACCAAAGCACAGAGUGUGAAACAAUGCCAAAUGAAGAUGCUGUCCAACUAGAAGCGACUCUGCCAGUUUCCACCCAUGAGACUGACCCUGAUACCAUCCUGGGGCUGGAUCAUGAGCCUAUCCCUGAGCCUGAGCCUAUCCCAGAGCCUGCCCCGGAGGCUACCGCAGGACCUGAGCUUGUCCCUGUGCCUGAGAUUGAGAUCCAUCUGGAGCCAGAGCCGGAGCCGGAGCCAGAGACGGAGCCAGAGCCCGGGAUUGUAGUUGAACCCUUUUGUGACGAGGAAAAGAGAGGGAAUAAGAAGUAGGCUGGUAACAUAAGUACAGUAGUCGUUACUAAGGAACCCGUUACUGGCAUUUGGAAUUUAGUUGACCUAACCAGUCUCCCACCACCUCCCUCCGUUCUGACCAACCCUCUUCUAACAAGGUGUUCCUACCAACCAUCCAAAAUAAACAGGUCAAGAUAACUGCUAAAUAAAUGCAAGAGUUCCUGUAUUACCAGUAUAGAGUACUUACAAUUGUACUAACAUGUAAGCAUAACUAAUGAUAAGCUGUGUGAUUUCUCACCCAGUUGAAAGUGUUUUACACCACCACCUGUGUCAUAUUUCAGAAAA